AUGUGCGAAGUCGGGACGCGCCCUGCGCUGCCGGCCGGCGACCGAGGAGGCGGAGAGACCCCUCCGGCUAGCGCGCUGUCGCCGCCGGGCUGUCCGCCCGGGGAGAAGUGCCGAGACAUGGGAGAGCAGCCCAUCUUCACCACCAGAGCGCAUGUCUUCCAAAUUGACCCUACCACCAAGAAGAACUGGGUUCCUGCAAGCAAGCAGGCUGUAACUGUUUCCUACUUCUAUGACAGCACGAGAAACAGCUAUCGGAUAAUCAGUGUGGAUGGAGCCAAGGUGAUUAUAAAUAGCACAAUCACACCUAAUAUGACCUUCACGAAAACAUCACAGAAAUUUGGCCAGUGGGCGGAUAGCAGAGCAAAUACUGUGUUUGGUCUGGGUUUCUCUUCUGAGCAGCAGCUGACAAAGUUUGCUGAGAAAUUUCAAGAAGUGAAAGAAGCUGCCAGAUUAGCCAGGGAGCGAUCACAAGAAAAAAUGGAGACAUCCAGCAAUCAUUCCCAAGAAUCGGGGCGUGAAACUCCCUGUUCUACUCGGGCAUCCAGUGUGAAUGGAACGGACGACGAGAAGGCAUCGCAUGGCGGUCCCUCGGAUGCACAGCUAAAAACAGAGAAUGACAAACUGAAACUCGCCCUCGCCCAAAGUUCUUCCAAUGUAAAGAAAUGGGAAACAGAAUUGCAGUCUCUUAGGGAAAGCAAUGCCCGUCUGACUUCUGCGCUCCAGGAAUCCGCGGCCAGCAUAGAACACUGGAAAAAACAGUUUUCCAUUUGCAAAGAAGAGAACGAUCAACUUAGCAGUAAGAUUGAGGAGCUCGAAGACCAGUGCAACGAAAUCAAUAAGGAGAGAGAGCGGAAUGCUCAGCUGAGCCGGCGCCUCCAGGAACUGGAGACAGAGCUUCAAGACAAGGAGCUGGAAUUAGAGGACCUUCGGAAACAGGGUGAAAUCAUACCACAGCUCAUGACAGAAUGUGAAACGGUAUCUCAGAAAUUGCAGGCUGCUGAGAAAAGGAAUAAAGACCUGGAGGAGAAAGUCAGAGCUCUAAGGACGGAGGUAGAAGAGAGCAAACACAGGCAAAGCAACCUUAAGACUGAGCUACAGACUUUUUUAGAUGUGCUAGAUGGGAAGAUCGAUGAAUUACAUAAUUUCCGGCAAGGACUCUCUAAACUGGGAGUUGACAAUUAGGGAAAAGCAACAUUUCUCUCCCCACCCCCCAAAAACACUAACAUUUGGUGUGUGUGUGUG